UUGGUGGGAAUAAAACCUGGAGCCUUGGAGCUGGGAAGGACAUUCUGGAGCGAGAUGGCAGGGGGGUCAGUGGCUGUUUACCUGUGUGGAGCACUUCUGCUGACUCUGUGGAAGCCCUCGCUGCAAGGAGGUGUAUUCAUACCAGCUGCUGGAGGAGCUGGACCUGGGUUUGGACCCGGUGGAACUGGGACUGGAUUUGGUCCUGGAGGAGCUGGAGCAGGUUUUCAGCCUGGAGGAGGAACUGGACCUGCAGGGACUGGUGCUGGGCUAGGAGGUUUUGGACCAGGAGGAUAUGAUGGACAAGGAAUAGGUCGUUUUGGCCCAGGAGGGGUUGGACCAGGUGGAGUUGGACCAGGAGGAAUUAGACCAGGUGGAGUCGGACCAGGCGGAGUUGGUCCAGGAGGAAUUGGACCGGGAGGGGUUGGUCCAGGAGGAGUUGGUCCAGGAGGAGUUGGACCAGGAGGAGUUGGUCCAGGAGGAGUUGGACCAGGUGGAGUUGGACCAGGAGGAGUUGGUCCAGGAGGAGUUGGACCAGGUGGAGUUGGACCAGGAGGAGUUGGUCCACAUGGAAUUGGACCAGGAGGAGUUGGUCCAGGUGGAGUUGGACCAGGAGGAAUUGGACCAGGAGGAGCUGGUCCAGGAGGAGUUGGACCGGGACGAGUUGGUCCAGGUGGAGUUGGACCAGGAGGAGUUGGUCCAGGAGGAGUUGGACCAGGUGGAGUUGGACCAGGAGGAGUUGGACCACAUGGAAUUGGACCAGGAGGAGUUGGUCCAGGUGGAGUUGGACCAGGAAGAAUUGGACCAGAAGGAGCUGGUCCAGGAGGAGUUGGACCGGGACGAGUUGGUCCAGGAGGAGUUGGUCCAGGUGGAGUUGGACCGGGAGGAGUUGCUCCAGGAGGAGUUGCUCCAGGAGGAGUUGCUCCAGGAGGUGGCUCUGGUACAUUCAGGCCAGGCUUAUUUGGUCCAGGCAGUACAGGGCUUGGAGUUGUUGGGACUGGUGGGAAAUCUCCAAAAACAGGUGGCUACGGAAGAUAUGGAGAUGGUUUUGGACCAAAACCACCUAAAACAGGUGGAGUUGGAACAACAGCUGGAGGGGCUGGUUUAAGGCCAGGAGGAACUGGAUUUGGUCCUGGGGGUGCAGGAAUUGGGCCAGGAGGAACUGGAUUUGGUCCUGGGGGUGCAGGAGUUGGGCCAGGAGGAACUGGAUUUGGUCCUGGCGGUGCAGGAGUUGGGCCAGGAGGAACUGGAUUUGGUCCUGGUGGUACAGGGGUUGGGCCAGGUGGAGCUGGAUUUCGUCCUGGGGUUACAGGGGUUGGUCCAGGUGGAACUGGAUUUGGUCCUGGUGGUGCAGGGGUCAGGCUAGGAGGAACUGGAUUUGGUCCUGGUGGAGCGGGGAUUGGAUCAGGAAAAACUAGAUUUGGUCCUGGUGGUGCAGGAGUUGGGCCAGGAGGAACUGGAUUUGGUCCUGGUGGAGCGGGAGUUGGGCCAGGUGGAGCUGGAUUUGGUCCGGGUGGUGCGGGAGUUGGGCCAGGAGGAACCGGAUUUGGUCCGGGGGGUGCAGGGGUUGGCCCAGGAAGUACUGGAUUUGGUCCUGGGGGUGCAGGGGUUGGCCCAGGAAGUACUGGAUAUGGUCCUGGUGGUGCAGGGGUUGGGCCAGGAGGAACUGGAUUUGGUCCUGGGGGUGCGGGAGUUGGGCCAGGAGGAGCUGGAUUUGGUCCUGGGGGUGCAGGGGUUCAUCCAGGAGGAACUGGGUUUGGUCCUGGGGGUGCAGGCGUCAGGCCAGGGGUUGGUCCUGGUGGAACUGGUGCCCUGGAUGGAGUUGUGCCACAGACUGGUAGCACUGGUGUGGUGGGACCUGGAGGAAAGAGUGGAAGUAAAGCUUCAAAACAACUUCCAGGGAUUGGGGUGCCUGGACUUUAUCAAGGUGGAUUUGCUCCAAGUCAAGGUUUUGGAGCCCGUGGAAUUCUUCCUGGAGUUGCCACAGGAUCUGGAUUUGGACCUCAGACUGGAUCAGGAGCACUUGGUCAAAGUGGGCUAGGACCAGGAGGAGCAGGCAAUGGGCGUGGACAGCAGUUACCUGGGGUUUUUCGUGGUUUCCCUCUGGUAACGCCAAAGUCAGGGGCAAGCAAAUCCAAAAAACUUGCAAAAGCUGCAGCUAAAUAUGGUGGAACUGGAGCUGGAGGAGGCACGCUUGGUCAAAGUGGAACCAGCAGGCUUCCUGGAGGGGGGGUAGGAGUCACGCCUGGAGUAGGAGGCGGUCUUGGAGCUGGACCUGGAUUUGGUCCAGGUGCUGGAACUGGAACUGGAUUUGGUCCAGGUGCUGGGACUGGAACUGAAUUUGGUCCAGGUGCUGGAACUGGAACUGGGUUUGGUCCAGGUGUUGGAACUGGGAGUGGACCAGGAUUUGGUCCAGGUGUUGGAACUGGGACCGGACCAGGAGUUGGUCCAGGUGUUGGAACUGGGACCGGACCAGGAGUUGGUCCAGGUGUUGGAACUGGGACCGGACCAGGAUUUGGUCCAGGUGUUGGAACUGGAACUGGAUUUGGUCCAGGUGUUGGAACUGGGACCGGACAAGGAUUUGGUCCAGGUGUUGGAACUGGAACUGGAUUUGGUCCAGGUAUUACAACUGGAACAGGAACUGGAUUUGGCCCAGGAACUGGACCUGGACUUGGUACAGGAUCUGUACCUGGAUUUGGCCCAGGUGUUGGAACUGGAGGGUACGAUGCCAAUGCAAAAGCCCGUAAAUAUGGCAUGUUAAGUGGAGCACUUGGUGGUCCACAAUCAGGAACUGGAGGGGUCAUACCAAGAGGCGCCGGCACUGGUUAUGGGCCUGGAGGAGUCGGACCAGGAGGCGCCAGCACUGGUUAUGGGCCUGGAGGAGUUGGAUCAGGAGGCGCCGGCACUGGUUAUGGGCCUGGAGGAGUCGGACCAGGAGGCGCCGGCACUGGUUAUGGGCCUGGAGGAGUCGGACCAGGAGGCGCCGGCACUAAUUAUGGGCCUGGAGGAGUCGGACCAGGAGGCGCCGGCACUGGUUAUGGGCCCGGAGGAGUCGGACCAGGAGGCGCCGGCACUGGUUAUGGGUCCGGAGGAGUCGGACCAGGAGGAGCCGGGACUGGUUAUGGGCCUGGUGGAGCUGGACCAGGAGGCGCCGGCACUGGUUAUGGGCCUGGGGGAGUCGGACCAGGAGGCGCCGGCACUGGUUAUGGGCCUGGGGGAGUCGGACCAGGAGGCGCCGGCACUGGUUAUGGGCCCGGAGGAGUCGGACCAGGAGGCGUCGGCACUGGUUAUGGGCCUGGAGGAGUCGGACCAGGAGGAGCCGGGACUGGUUAUGGGCCCGGAGGAGUCGGACCAGGAGGAGCCGGGACUGGUUAUGGGCCUGGUGGAGCUGGACCAGGUGGCGCCGGCACUGGUUAUGGGCCUGGAGGAGUCGGACCAGGAGGCGUCGGCACUGGUUAUGGGCCUGGAGGAGUCGGACCAGGAGGCACUGGCACUGGUUAUGGGCCUGGUGGAGCUGGACCAGGAGGUGCCGGCACUGGUUAUGGGCCUGGAGGAGUCCGACCAGGAGGCACUGGGACUGGUUAUUGGCCAGGAGGAGUUGGUGUCGGUUCCAGCUAUGGACCUGGGGGGUAUCUAGAUGCCAAAGCCCGCAAAUAUGCAUAUCCAGGGGGGGCCAAUUCUCUGAAAUACGGAGUUCCUGGCAGUGGUGGAGCACCAGGAUUUGGACCAGGAGGAAGGAUUGACGGCCCAGCUGCUGGUGGAUAUGGUCCUGGGACUGGAGGAGUACUCGGAACUGGAAGAGGUUAUGGAGCCGGUGGAUAUGGACCUGGAGUUGGAUCAGUGGCAGGAACAGGAUAUGGUCCAGGGAGAGGUUAUGGUACAGGACCAGGAACUGGAUAUGGAACAGGCUAUGGACCUGGAUCCAAGGCUGCUAAAUAUGGUCAAGUUGGACCAGGGGCUGGUGGGUCACCUACAGGUGGUACAGGACAGGGACAACCAGGUGGGGUUCUACCCGGAACAAGUCCUGGAAGUGGUGCAGUGAAUGGCUCCAGCACUGCAGGAACUGCUAGACCCAGUGGAGGAGGGUUUGUUGGUGGUACCCCAGUGCCAGAAGGUGAUGCAGUGAAUGCCAGUGCAAUCGAAGGGUCAGGAAUUCCUGGGACAGAAGGAGGUACUGGUGUAUCUGGAAAACCAGCGGCAGGUGUUGGAGAUGGGUUGAAUGGCACAGGGAUUCCCAUCAUAGGAGCUAGACCAGGACUCAAUGGGACGAUUGCAGGAGAUUUCACAGGAGAUACCCCUGGUGGAACAAGGCUUCCCCCUAGAGUUUCUGGAGAUGGUCUUUCAGGCGGAACGCUGCCUGGAGUCAAACCUCUCAAACCUCCAGGAAUCCCCAGAGGUGACACACCAGGUCAAGAAGAGGGAGAAGAAGUUCCUCAAGGAGAAAGAGGUGGUGCAGUUGGACAAGGAGGAGUUGGAGGGACUCCGACCACUGGAAGGGUAGAAGGAGGUGUUUCAGGUGGCACAACGGGAGUGAGAGGAGGAGGCAGUCCUGCCACUGGAACUGUAGUUGGAUCAGGAGGUCCACUGGCUGUAGGAGGAACUCCAACACCAAAAGCACCAGGUAUAGGUGUUAGAACUGGCGUCAGCGGUGUGGAUGGAGUUGGUAGUGGACUUGGGUCUGCUGGAGGAGGCCCUGGUAGAGGGAGCUUGGUACCUGGUGCUGGUGGAUCUACUGGAGUAGGAGCAGGAGGUCCAAAACCUGGCAAAAGCUAUGGUGCGGGUGAAGCUGGAGUUUUACCAGGUGGAGGCAUACGCUACCCGGCUGGAGCUGGAACAGGAUUAGGAGCAGGAAAAGUAUACAGGAAAACAGGAGCAGGAAGCCAGGGAGGAGUUGGUCCAGGUGGUUAUGGCAUUGGACUUGGAAGCUACGGUGUGGGACCAGGAGGUUACGGGAUUGGCCCAGGUGGCUAUGGUGCUGGGCCUGGUGGGUAUGGAACUGGACCUGGAGGCUCUGGAAGCAGAGGGAUUGGCGGGGGUCUUGGAGCUGCUGGGACUGUAGGAGUAGGACCUGGUUCAGGAGUUGCGCAAGCAGGUCCAGGGAGAGUUGGUGGUGGACCAGGAGGAUAUGGGACUGGUUUCGCACAUGAUGGUUCCAGGUAUGGCGCAGGCCCAGGGACUGGAAAACCACAGAAAAAUUAUGGAGGAAGAGCUGGUGGUUCUGGUGUUGGACCUGGUGGCUAUGGAACUGGUACUGGUCCAGGAGGGUUUGGCCCAGGUGGUUUUCUUCCCAACAUCCCUGGCACUGGUUAUGGAACUGGGAACUUAGGACCAGGUGGGAUUGGUUCCAGUGCUGGGGGAACAGGACCAGGAAUUAGACCCGGGAGCUUUGGACCAGGUGGUGUUGGCACAGGACUAAGUACUUAUGGACCUGGUGGAACAGGACCCAUUGCUGGUGUGUAUACACCAGGAAGUAAACAACAGGGAAAAAGGAAACCACCAAAAUCAGGGGGAACGGCAACUGGAGGGUACGGACCAGGAGGUGCCAGAACUGGGGGCUAUGGACCAGGUGGUGCCGGAACUGGAGGGUACGGACCAGGAGGCGCUGGAACAGGAACUGGAGGGUACAGACCAGGAGGCGCUGGAACUGGGGGCUAUGGACCAGGUGGUGCUGGAACUGGAGGGUACGGACCAGGAGGCGCUGGAACAGGAACUGGAGGGUUUGGACUGGGUGGUAUAGAAACUGGAGGCUAUGGACCAGGAGGUGCUGGAACAGGAACUGGAGGCUAUGGCCCAGGAGGUGCUGGAACAGGAACUGGAGGGUUUGGACCAGGUGGUAUUGGAACUGGAGGCUACGGCCCGGGAGGUGCUGGAACAGGAACUGGAGGCUACAGACCAGGAGGUGCUGGAACUGGAGGGUAUGGACCAGGUGGUGCUGGAACAGGAACUGGAGGGUUUGGACCAGGUGGUGCUGGAACAGGAACUGGAGGGUUUGGACCAGGUAGCCAAGCAUUAGGAAAAACGAAACCAUCAAAAUCUGGUUAUGGAGGAGGUGUUUAUGGUGCAGGAGGCUUGGGAGGGGGCCCAGGUCUUGGAGGAGCUGGAGCUCAGUCAGGUGGUUAUGGUCAUGGAGGAUAUGGCCCUGGUGGAACGGGACCUGGCUCUUCUGGUUAUGGGACAGGAGGUGCUGGACCUGGUGGCCUUGGACCAGGGUCUGUUGGACCAGGUGGGACAGGAGGAUAUGGAGCUGGUGGUCAAACAAGAAAGCCUUCAAAGUCUGGCUACGGUUCAUCUUUGGGUGGCACUGGAUUUGGGCCAGGUGGAGGAGUAGGAGUUUUCCCUGGCACAGCAACAGGAGGUGUAGCUGGAGGAGGCCCAGGAAGUGUAGUGGGAGGAACAGGAGGGGCAGGAGGUCCUGGAAGAACAAGCCAAGGAAUAACAGGGGCAGCAGGUGGCCUCCCAGGGGGAGCUGGCACUGGGGGAGUGGGUGGUGGAACUUAUCCAGGAUAUGCAGGGACUGGACAAAAAUCCAAACAACAGAAGGCAGCCAAAUACGCAGCCAUGCAGGCCUUACUCAGAGGUGGGGGCUACAGAGGUGUUGGCCACAGGAGGAAGUGAGAAGCCAACUGACAGGAAGUGACCUCAUUGAAACAACAGUGGUGCUAUAGCUUUACCACAGAAUGUCCCACCUGCCUCAGAAACUGAGGCCUCAACUCAUUUACACUUGUUAGCCAAACACAUGGAAGGCUCUUUUUUUUAAAGUGGAGGUUCUUAACCAGCAGGGUUUGUGAGGCCAUUUUUUUUCCCAACUAAAAUCCUUUAAAUAUCUUGAGAAAAGUAAGAUUACGUAACAAAUCCCCAAAUCUUGUAUUUUAAACACAUCUGUGGAUGCAGACCGCAGGCUGAAAACAGCGGACGAAUCAUGUCAGCUCUUCUUAGCAUAUUAUAACAGGUUGCUGCUGCUGCACUGAAUAUUAUUUGUGCUGCUUGGAAAAUUCUUUUGGGUAAAGCUCGUUGCCAAGGACUCCUUCAGGGAAGCUCCUUCAGACCUGUCUGCAUGCUGAUCAAAACUUUUCUAGACAGUAAGACUUAUUCUCUUUUUGUUUUGUAGAUUCAAUGUUAUCUAAGCAGUCAAUUCACUGUCUUUCGCCUUCAAAAUAAAAUGUUAGGAUAGCUUACAAGCAAAACAGAAAAAGAAAGUGCUUUUACUUUUGGGAACGAUAAGGAAAAGAAACUUAAAUUUCACAUCGUGUUUUGGUUGCUUUAUAUCUAAUCCACUAACAACAGUAUUGCUUGAAUUUUAUGUGGACUUCAUAGUUUGCCGAUGUAAACAAUUAAAUGCAUCUAUCUAUAGGGACCAUUUUACACUUGAAGAACAUAAUUGCAGUGUAAAAUGUUGAAACACAUCUACAGUUUUCUGAUACACGCGUGGAUUUCUGUUGCGUUUGCUUUUGAGACACGAGGUAACAUGAGGGGAAUAAGUCAUUCAAACAACUUAGAUGUACUGAUUAAUAUGUUUUUUAUAGUUAUUGUGUACUCCAUGAACACUGUUCAAAACUGCUCAGCUUUAGGAUUAAUAAAUUGUGCAUCAGAUUUUUCUAAAGACGCUCAUGUUACCCAAUUCUGUGUGUUGCUUCUUGAGUUAGUUUUCAUGUGAAUGUGUGUGUCUUUACAUGUGAAACACGGUAAAUUGAAAAACUCAAAUGUAGAAUUUUGUUUUAUCACCAGUCCUUGAAUCAAUGUUGACACACGUUCUGAAAUGUCAUGAGGAUUGAGCAAACAAUUCUCAAAUUGUUUUAGAGUCUAUCAUUCAGCUUAAAUUGUGAAUUUACCAUUUGUGUAUGUAGAAAAUGAUGUUCUUUUGUACAUUUUCUCUAAAGUAAAGAGGUGACCAACAAAAA